AUGGAACGUAUCGGGCUGAUUGUGCUCUUGCUGCUGCCGCUGUUGUGCGCAUGUGUGCCGACCAAUGGGCAGUGGAAGGCCUCGGAUUUUUGCCACUUUGUCACGCGACCUGACCUCACUCCUCCAAAAUGGAAUCUUACAGUCUAUGACAAAAGCGCUCUCAGCCCGGGAUAUUGGUUCGUUGCGCCCAAGCAGGCUUCGCGAGUGACUCUGGGAUCGGGAGAGGGAUGGCCGGGCCCCGUGAUAUACGACAACGCCGGAGACGUAGUAUGGAGCGGGACCGCCCAGCUCGACUCCACGGACGUCAACGACUUCCGCCUGAGCAAUGUAGGCGGGCAGCUUGUACCGACUCUCUACGACCGCAAUCGCCGGUUGGGAUUGAUAUUCGAUGAUCGGUAUCGUAUCCGCCAGAUUCUGGAAGUUGUGAAGAAGGGAGUCGGGGAAGGCGUCAAUGCUCACGAGUUCAAGUUUGUCGAGAAUGGAACCAAGGUGUUGGUCAUUAUGGAUCGCCGACAGCGGGCCACUGAGCGAGAUAAGCAGGCUAUUGGCUUUGACGGCGAUGCUUGCUGGGUUGAGUACAACAAGUUGGUCGAGCUAGAUGUCGAGACUGCCGGUGUCACGUUUCAGUUCGAUCCUCGUGGUCGGAUUGGUCUGGAGGAGAGCAGUGUCUACCACGCCGGAAGGAACAUCACCAACUACUGCCGAGCGGGCUGGGACUUCAUGCACGCCAAUUCUAUUGACAAGUCGAACUACGACGGACAUUACUUCUUCAACGCUCGACACACCAACACCGUCUACAAAAUCUCAAAAGACGACGGCUCCAUCAUCUGGCGCUUGGGAGGCAAGCAAUCGGACUUCGACAUGGGAAACGUUCACUUUUCCCGGCAGCACGACAUUCGCUUCCGAGGCCAGAAUGCGACGCAUACCAUCGUGUCUCUAAUGGACAACGCACUUGGCGAGGAUGAGGCCCCGCCGACCCACGACUUCUCCCGCGGGCUGCUAAUCGCCCUCAACACUGUCAACAUGACCGCUUCGCUUGUCGCCCAUUACGACCAUCCAGACCGCCUGCUGGCGCAGCGCCGAGGGAACAUGCAGAUUCUAGACAACGGCCAUGUCUUCCUGGGCUGGUCCGAACAUGCGUAUCUCAGCGAGCACGCCGCGGACGGCACCGUUUUAUUGAAAGCCCGCCUCGUUCCAGAUCGCAUCGGCUCCUACCGCGCCUACAAGUUUCCCUUUGUCGGCCGGCCCCUCACGCGGCCCGAAGUGGUGGCGUCCACUUCCCUGCUCGAGAAUAGAACCGUGGUGCACGUCAGUUGGAACGGCGACACGCAAGUGCGGUGUUGGAGACUCUACAAGACGGCGCGUGAUGGAGCGGAGGCGCAGGCGGUACUGCAGAUUCACCGGCGUGGCUUUGAGACCCGACUGGAAUGGUCUGGCCUUACGGAUUACGUGCGAGUGGCUGGUGUGGAUAAGCAUGGCGAGUCCGUAGGGUGGUCCGACGUUGUCAAGACGAUCGACCACCCAAGCCUCCUCCCCCCGCCGAGGGCGCAGCAGAUGUCGCCUGAUGACUCUUUCAGCCAAGGAGCCUGGCCCGGACCGCCACGAUAUUUUGAUAACCAAGCCAUUCUAGGCUUGCGUGGAUAG